UGGAAGCAAGCAAAAGUUCACAUCAUCUCCUUCAAGCGAUAAAGUAUUCAAAUUUCUGUUGCCAUUGCUAAUUGGCCUCGUUGCCAUCAAGUGUCAAGCCAAAGGGAAGGAUCCAUUUGAAGCUCACCCUAUAAUCAUGUCGUGUUUAUGCAUAGCCAUAUGCAUCUACGGCCUCGCAAGGGGAAUAAGAAAUCAAGUUCAGACCCAUGACUUGCAAAUCUUAGACUAUGUUAUGCUCGUCUCUG